GAGGGUGACUUCCUGUGAGAGUUUCAGAGAGGGUGGGUGAGGGGAAUUGAAUUGGCUGCAAAACAACAUUUUAACAUUAGAAAUGCAUUGACAACCAGUACAUUAUCAGCGUUUUAAUCAGACCAUCAACAUUGCUACCGAAAAACAGGAAGCCACCAGCCUGUUGGGCCCCACGACCCCCAGCAUGAAGAAGCAGCAACAGCAGCAACAGCAGCAGCAGCAGCAGAGUAAGGAAUCUCUGACGGACAAGAUGAAGGGUCUGUUUGGGCUGAGACAAUCGCGCAUCAACACCAGGCAAGCGGAGAGCAGACCCGCUGAGUUCAUCAUCACUCUCGACACCCUAAAGGAGCUGAAUCCUGAGUGUGGACUACACAGCAGAAUCCGAGUCAUUAACCAUAUAUGUGAGCUUGCAAAAUCCAAGAAAUUUGAAGAGAAUGCGGUGGAGGCUGUUUGGAAAGCAGUGGAGGAUUUGCUGCAGCCUGAUCAACCGGUAGAAGCCAGACAUGCAGUGCUUCAGCUGCUCAAAGCUAUCAUCCAGGGCCAGGGUGAAAGGCUUGGGCCUCUUAGAGCUUAUUUCUUUAAGAUCGUCAAGGACUAUCCCUCCAAUGAACACCUUCAUGAAAGACUUGAGGCCUUCAAAGCUCUAACAGAGAAUGGCAAGGACAUCACGUACUUGGAGGAAGACAUUGCUGACUUUGUGCUUCUGUGGAUGGACACUGGUCUGACUGCAGAAUUCCUCCAGGUUCUUGUCAACCUCGUCAAAUUCAACAGCUGCUACCUGGAUCAGAAUGUUUCACAGAUGGUCCAUAAGAUAUGCCUCCUGUGCAACCGGACUACAGCUUCAACAGAUAUAGAGGUUUCUCUGCAAGUGCUGGAUGCUGUGGUUUGUUACAACUGUCUCCCCUCUGACUCCCUGCCUGUUUUUAUCAUCACUCUGUGCCGCACAGUGAAUGUCAAGGAGUUCUGUGAAUCCUGUUGGAAGCUCAUGCGUAAGGUCCUGGGAACUCAUUUAGGACACAGUGCGAUCUAUACCAUGUGCCACAUCAUGGAGGAGAGAGCCUACGUGGAAGAUGCAGCCCUGUUGCGGGGGGCUGUGUUCUUCGUAGGGAUGGCACUGUGGGGGGCUCACCGGCUUUCAACUCUGAAGAACACACCGACGUCCGUGCUGCCGUCAUUCUAUAAGGCCAUGACUUGUACCAAUGCUGUGGUAUCCUUUGAAAUAGUCCUCUCGGUCACAAGAUUGAUAAAGAAGUAUGGGAAGGAGCUGCAGGAUGUCACAUGGGAUAUUCUUCUAAACAUCAUUGAAAAGUUACUUCAGCAGAUUCAGACAUUAGGUAAUCCUGAACUGAAGUUCAUUGUCCAUGAACUGCUGUCCACAGUAGAGGAGCUGUAUGAACAGAAUGGUUACCAUGGCUCCCACGAGAGGUUCUUUGGGCUGAUAGAAACAUUUUCAGAUAAGAGACCUGAAGCCUCUGUCUUGACACUGUUGUCAUUCCGAGCUCAUUCCAUUCACCCAGCAAAAGAUGGCUGGAUUCAGAACCUACAGAGGCUGAUGGAAAAGUUCUUCAGGAAUGAGACCAGGAGUAACAUUCGAAUCAAAGUUCUUGACAUCCUGUCGUUUGUGCUCAGCAUUAACCGGCAGUUAUAUGAGGAGGAGCUGAUUGAGUCGGUGGUGAUUCCCCAGCUCAGCCAGAUUGCUGAUGACAAGCACCUUCAUGUUCGCAGGCUGGCCACACAGCUGCUGGUUGACCUGGCUGAGGGCUGCAAUACUCAUCAUUUCAACAGCCUCCUGGACAUUAUAGAGAAGGUGGUGAACCGGCCGUUGUUUUGCCCUGUUGCUGCUGAGGCAGUAGAUGGGGAGAUCACUUCUGAGUCUCCAAUGGAAGAUGUGAAGACCGCAAUCCUUGGACUUCUGGAGAUACUACAGACCAAACUGUACACCUUGCCAGCCAGCCAUGCCAGCAGAGUCUACGAGCUACUGAUCAGCCACAUCCAGCUACACUACAAGAACAAAUACUCCUCAGCCAUUGCCAGCAGCAUUCGCCUACAGGUUUUUGAUUUCCUCUUGCUCUUGCGUGCUGACUCCCUCCAUCGUUUAGGGAUUCCCAAUAAGGAUGGCGUGGUGAGGUUCAGCCCAUACUGCCUCUGUGAUUUGGGUGAGCAGGAGAAGAGAACAAGUGAAAAGAAACCGCCAGGAACAGUGUCUCCCUCUGCUGGUAGUCCUACUCCAAGCACCCAGACCUCAUCCUUAAUUCGCAUGGGAUACCUCCCCUUCUCGUUGGCUUUUGGGCUACUCUUGCAGUGUUUGAAACUGGAGACCGACUGGAAGGUUGUAAAGCUGGUUCUGGAUAAGCUGCCCGAGUCUCUGCAGUACAAAGUUCUUAUCCUGUCCUCUCCAUGUAGCAUUGACCAGCUGUGCACUAUUCUGUGCGCUAUGUUCACAGAUCGGCUGGUUUCGGAGCGGUCACGCAAAAUCACGGAUAGUUUUCCUCGAACUGAUGCGCAGCUGGGUGUGGUUCCGGUGCUGGCGGCUUUAACCUCGUUCCAUAAUUACCUGGAGCAGGGCAGACAGCGGGAGCUGGUCCAGUGUUUGAUUUGCCGUUGCGGCAGGCAGUGUGUUGUAGCCCUGACAAUGUGCACCAUCGAGAUGCCAGACAUUAUGGUCAAACUGCUUCCUGCCUUGAUUGUGAAACUCACUCACAUUUCUGCCACUGUUGUCAUGGCCUCUCCUAUGUUAGAAUUUCUAUCAACUUUGGUCAGGCUUCCACACCUGUAUGCAAACUUUGUGGCUGAACAGUACGUGAGCGUGUUCGCUCUGUCCUUGCCGUACACAAACCCUUCCAAGUUUAACCAGUAUAUAGUGUCUUUAGCCCAUCAUGUAAUUGCCAUGUGGUUCAUCCGAUGUCGUCUCACAUUUCGGAAGGACUUUGUGCAGUAUAUCACAAAGGGUUUGAGAUCCAAUGCUCUUCUUCCGUUUGAUGAAAGCCAGGAACAGAGCAACUUCCGAGCACGCAGCACCAGUCUCAAUGAGAGGCCCAAGAGUCUGCGGACUGCAAAAUUCACAAAGUCAGGCUUCAGUAACUCCUCCCCAGUUAAAGAGCUGAAAGAUCUCUCCGCUAUCGAUGCCUUCCGCUCCCGCAGCAUCAGCGUAUCCGAGCACGCCGUGCGCAGGAUGCAGACUUCCAUGACCACCAGCAGCCUGGGCUCUGCAGACGAAAGCUCUGUGGCUCAGGCUGACGAUGUUUUGAGGACCGUCCAUCUGGAGCUGACAGAGACCUGUCUGGACAUGAUGGCGAGAUACGUUUUCUCCAACUUCUCCACCCUGCCCAAGAGGUCCCCUGUUGCUGAGUUCUUACUGGCUGGAGGAAGAAGCAUGACCUGGCUAGUUGGAAACAAGCUGGUUACCAUAACAACCAGCAGUGGAGCUAGGACCCGAUCCCUGCUCGGCCUUGAUUUGACAGAACGUCAGAGUUUGGGAGAAAUGACAAGAUCCGACCCUUCUCUUCACACGAGACUAACCAAAGAAGCUCCUGCUAAAUUGGAAUCCCAGGCAGACCAGCAAAUCGGCAAGACGACCCGCAUCCGAGUACGAUCCAUGUCAGGUGGGCACGCCCUUCGUGCUGGCACUGCGCAGAGCUUGAGUCCACUGGUGUCCCCUUCCGACAGUGAAUUCUAUGACCCCCCUUCCCAGUCUGUUGAGGUUUCGGAGAACUCGGCAAGAUUCAAGCUGGAGCCCCCAGGAACGCAGCCCUCUCUCCAGAAGGAGAAGCCGAGCCUGGGGGAGUAUGCGCCCCUGCUCACGCAGGGCUGGGCAGAGAUCUUCAUCCGCAGACCCUCGGGUAACACGAGUUGGUUGAUGUGCUUGGAGAACCCUCCAAGCCCUUUUUCAUCAGAGAUCGGAAGCAUGCCCCUGCAGGAGCUCUCUAAUAUCCUGAUGGCUGUGGAAAGGACCAAGAAGCCCAGGGCAUCUGAAGUCUUGAAAUCAAACUCGGAGCCAGGUUCAAGCCAGGCCUAUGUGGCACAGAAACCAUGUGCACUGCAGCGGUCGAACACAGAUUCGGUGGUGGUUGUGGAGAAAGGGAGCAGGCUGUGCUCUCGGCCAAAGGAGAGAGUUUCACCGACGGGUUUCCAGGACCGUGAGGAGUUUGAAACAAUGCAACCAGAGCCCAUUUUCAUGGGAGACAAAUUCAGCAAACCCCAGGAAGCCUACAGCAGGUCUUCGUCCAGCUCAAGCCAGGAAGAUGAUAAAAGCACUCCUCUAGAAUAUGUCGGAGGGGGUGCCAUCCCUAUUGAGAAAGGAAUCUUUCACGCUGCCGGAGACCCCAUGGAAGAGGAGGAGGAGGAUGAUGAUCUUUCUUUCCAGCAUUCCCAAACCCUCAACAAAUCCAGCUCGUCCCCAGAGCUUCAGACUCUGCAGGAGGCCUUCAAAGAUGCUCUGAACAAGGAAGAAACCCCUGCAGGCAAACUCAGCAUUGAAGCAGAACCAGGGCCCACUGACGUAAAUAGCCAGUUGGAAGCAGCAGCAGGAGGAGGAGAUGGAGGUGCUGCUGCAGUUGGUGUUGGUGGUGGUGCCGGGGCAGGUGCUGCUGCUGGUGCUGGGGCCAUGCCCAGGUCCAGGUUGGAGUUUCCAGCCCCGCAGUCGACUCUUGUCUCCCCAAGCGGCCACCGACCCCGCGGACACACAAUCUCAGGUUCUGCCCCGUCGCAUCGGGAGAGGAAGAUGGAUCACGAUUCCUACCACAGAGGAGCUGCUUCCAACUCUGAGAAGAUGUCUGGGAUCAGUCCGAGCUUUGUGUUUCUUCAGCUCUACCAUUCUCCUUUCUUUGGAAAUGAAUCCAACAAACCUUUACUGCUGCCCAAGUCCCAGCUCAUGGACAGAACUGUUAAAGUUCUGGAUCAAAUGCCUCCCUAUGACACCCACAAGAUUGGAGUCGUGUAUGUUGGAGAAGGGCAGAUCAAUAAUGAAGUUGCCAUCUUAUCAAAUGAGUAUGGAUCCUACAGGUAUGCCCAGUUUCUGACUGGGCUUGGCAAGUUGAUCCAUCUGAAAGACUGUGACCCUGAUCAGAUAUUCCUUGGCGGUCUGGACCAGUAUGGUGACGAUGGGGAGUUCACAUACUGCUGGCACGAUGACAUCAUGCAGGCCAUAUUUCACAUCGCCACACUGAUGCCGAACCGGGAGUCCGAUAAGGGCUGCUGCAACAAGAAGAGGCACAUCGGGAAUGAUUUUGUCAUCAUCGUUUACAGCGAUGCGGGAGAGGAAUACAAACUCGGAACAAUCAAGGGUCAGUUUAACUUUGUUGAAGUUAUAAUCAAGCCCUUGGAUUAUGAGAGCAAUCUCGUUACUCUUCAGUGCCGUAAAGAUUUAGAAGGACUCGUUGAUACAAGUGUGGCUAAGAUCGUGUCAGACAAAAACUUAGCUCUACUGGUACGACAGAUGGCCCUGCAUGCUAAUAUGGCUUCCCUGGUUCAUCAAUACAAAUCGAACCCUUGCGAUGCCUAUGCCUCAAAGUGGCUCGCAAGACUGCGACACAUCAAGAAGCUGCGGACACGGGCCCAACAGGAGAUGCAAUCACGCCAAACCACCGGGAUCUCCCUGAACCAGGCCCACACCCCGAUGCAGAACAAGAGCUCCCUCCAACAGGCAGGGGCCUCGGGGGCGGAGCCAGGACAGAGGAAGCACCUGGUCUCCACGGUGGAUGACUUCACUGACUUUGUUUGAUGCACCUGAGCAUAGCAAGCUGGCUUAUUUGCUGUAUCGCCAUACAUAUAAAUUUAUUUUUCUUUCUAGAAUAGAAUUGACAAAAAAAAAAAACUAAAACUAUUCCGAAAUCACUGUUUUAUGUGGUUGUUUCGUGAUCGGAAUAUUUUGCUUACCAUUGAGAGUUUUUAAUAUGACUGAUUUUGUGUUUCUGUGCACUCACAACCUCCACAGAAACUGUCAGUCAGAUAAAAAAAAAUGGUAUUUUAAGUCAUAUUUAUCAGAUUUAAAAGACCAUAAUUGUGUCAAUAUUUACAUUACCCAGUGACCUUCAGUGUUAUUUCAAUAUCUGUGACAAGAUUUUGCUUUUUAGUGCAUAAAAAAUGCUGAGUGUGUGGAAAAAUGGGUGAUGCCUACUGAUUUUGAUGAUUUUUACAGAUAGUUUUGCAUUAUACCUAUAGAUUCUCAAAUGAAAUUUUCAGCAGGAUUUGAUUUUUCCAAAAUUGGUUUUGUAUUUCUGUUAACUUCCAGAAGAUUUUGUAAAAGGUAUUCUAGCAGAUUGUUAGAUAUAUCGGGAGUUUUUAAAAUGUCCAAUCUUGGGUUUACCUAGAAAAAUUUGGGGAUGUGCUAGAUUUUAAAUUUUAAAUAGUCUGUCCCGAACUAGCCUGGUUCCAGUUAGACUGAUCAAAUAGUCAGUUUUCUACUGGUGUUACAAAAUGGCUACGAAUUUAAUCUGUAAAAGGCCCCAGUAGUACAGGUUUAAAUGAUAAUAAAUAAGUUUUGGGGGUGAAUAUUUUUAUUAUUUUUUUAAUGUCUGCAAAUGUGUGAAGUGAAUGAGUGGACUGUCCCUCACAUGACGACUGGUUUUUAAUUCUCUCUAAUGACAUGCAUUCUGCAAUAUAGAGCCACUUCCUCUCCUUUUUGCAAAAGUUUAUUAAUUGAUCGAGGUGCUCGGUUGGCAGGUGCUUCAUUAUCCAUCGCUGUGUAAGAUACCUGUAAUUAUGGCGAGUGUUUCUAGUAUUUCAUUAUUUAUUGUCCAGCCCCUAUGUAUUGUCUGUUCAAGGUAUACAGUGGAUACUAGAAGGGUGCCUCACAACAUCAUGAAAGAUUAAAAAUGACCUUAAUGCAGUGUUAAAUCCUGAAUCUGUUUGAGAAACCUUAAAUAAUUCAAGCUCCUCUUCUUAUAAUAUCUGACCAUCUAAUUUAUUGACCAGUGUGCUAGUAGCAAUGCAACGUCCAGUUAAUCGGUGAUAUACCAUGCAUUUAAUUGAAUUAUUUAUGACUGUGGUUAUAACAUUGGUAAGGUGUCUUGGCUUGAGUUUUUACUGUAUGUUACUGAAUGAUUCUGAUAUUUUGCUGUACAGUCUCAAUGGUCUUUUUUUGAUGUCCAUGUAAGCAGGAGUGGUCCUGGAGAGCCACAAUCCAGCAUGUUUUAUAGGUAAACCUUAAUCAUUAGUUUCUAAAGAAUAAUUUUGUUCCAAAUUAUCUUGGUUAUUUAAUUGAAAAUAUUACCUGCUUAACCAGUCAAAAUGAAAUUGUUCCAAGUCUUUAGAAAGUGGUGAUUUUAAGGGUUCCCUUGAGAAGCUGCUGGAUUGUGGCUCUCCAGGACCAGCAUUGGCCACCCCUGAUCUAUAACUUCUGGAGAAAAACACUGGCUGGCAUGAAUUGACAUUAGAAAUAUCCAAUACGAAAGAAGUGGGUCGAGUGGUUGUAUUGAGCUCUGCUAAACUUAUAUUGGAAGAGUUGUCGGAAAAUACUAGGAAACGAAAACAUUAAAAUUGUAAACCGAAGAAAAAUAAAAGUUUGCGUUUUA